AUGGAUGGAGUUUGCAGCCAAGCACUGACUGAGAAGUACAGACCAACCCAUUUAGAAAAUCUAGUGGGGAAUGUGCAUAUAACAGCUGGAUUACAGGCACUUGUAAAGUCUGGGGACAUACCGCACUUUUUAUUUUUUGGUCCACCAGGGACUGGAAAAACAACUGCAGCCAAAGCAAUUUGCAGAGAAGUCUUAAAAACCUCUGAUAGGAAUGUGAUGGAAUUGAAUGCUUCUGAUGAAAGAGGUAUUUCUGUGAUAAGGGAUAAAGUAAAAGUAUUUGCUUCUACAUUUGGAAUAUCCAAUAAAAUGAAGAUGGUUAUUCUUGAUGAGGCUGACUCAAUGACUAAAGAUGCACAGAAUGCACUGCGCCGAAUAAUUGAGAUAUAUUCUAAAAAUGUACGAUUUAUUAUAAUAUGCAAUUACUUCACAAAAAUAAUACCAGCAAUAAAGUCACGGUGUGCACCUUUCCGAUUCGGACCAGUAAAACCAUCAGAGAUGUUCGGGUUUAUUAAAGAAAUAAUAUCAAAAGAGGGCGGCACUGGCGAUACGUCUGGGAUAGAAAGGGUCUGUGAAAUAUCACAGGGAGACAUAAGGAAAGCCAUAAAUCUAACAAAUGGCCUACUAAUCACUGCGAACAGGGAAAUUACAUCCGAGAAAGUGAAUGAGCAUUAUAAAGACAUAAAAAAAGAAGAAAUUGCAGAGACUCUUCAUAUAAUGAGGACAGAGAAUUUCCAAAGGGUGAAAAAAGAGUUUGAGAAGCAUCGGGUAGAGUAUGGCCUGGGAUUAAAGGAAAUCGUAAAUGAAAUAGCAGAGUUACUCAAAAAAGAGAACAAUAACAAUCAAAGCAGGUGCAAAGAAAUGCAAUAUUUAUCAGAGAUUGAGCAUCGUCUGGCCAGAGGUGCUUCUGAGACAGUACAGGAGAAUGCACUUAUUUCAUAUUUUUCAAUGAAAUAAAAUGAAUAUUUCGAUUAGCAAUAAAUAUUAAAAUAGAAAUAAUUCAAAGUAAUAAUAAUCCAAACAGCUUAAACCCGAAAAUUACAGUAUAAGCAUA